GAUGUCCUUUGCUCCAGUUGGAUUCGCAAAAGUGAGGGGCAUAGUCAAGACGUCUCUUGGUCGGAUACUCACAGUCACCUGGUUUGCGCUCAUGAUUGUCGUCUCCAGCUCCUACAUCGCCGCCCUCACUGCUGCUCUCGUUCUCCAAAAGCUGCAGCUCCCAGUAUCCAGCAUAUACGAUGCAGCAGGGUCCGACGUAAUUGUGGGCUAUCAAUACGGCUCCUUUGUCUACGGCUAUCUCGUGCAGCUUGGGUUUUCUCCGUCCCGCCUAGUGCCGCUGAACAACGAGCAGGACUACUAUGAGGCACUCUCAUCUUGUCGCCCCCUGCAUUUUUCUCACUCUGCCCUCGUAUCUUCCCUCCUUCCCCUCCUGUUGUCUUGCCCUGCCCCUCUCCCACAGUCCCGACUAGUGCCGCUGAACGGCGAGCAGGAAUACUAUAAGGCACUCACAUCCUUCUUUCCUCCCUUUUCUCCCUCCAAUCUCCCUCACCCACAGUCCUGCCUAAUGCCGCUGAACAGCGAGCAGGACUACUAUAAGGCGCUCACAUCCUUCUUUCCUCCCUUUUCUCUCUCCCAUAUCCCUCUCCCACAGUCCCGCCUAGUGCCGCUGAACAGCGAGCAGGACUACUAUGAGGCACUCUCAUCGCAGCGAGUGGCCAUAAGAAUGGGCGAGGACCCCUUACCGCAACGUCUCCCUCUCUCUCUUGCUCCACCCACCCUCCCACCCACCCUCAUCCCCCACCCGCAGUCCCGCCUAGUGCCGUUGAACAGCGAGCAGGACUACUAUGAGGCGCUCACUUCUCAGCGCGUGGCCCUGAUAGUGGACGAGGACCCCUACCUGAACGUCUUUGCCUCGCAGUACUGCCAAGUGCUCCGCGCCUCGCAGGCCUUCAACGUCCUCAACUCCGCCUUUGUGAGCCCCUGGGGGGAUCUAGGAGCACCUAGAGACAGCUAG